AUGCUUUUGUUCCUCUUCUUCAUGUCAUCAGACAUUUUCCUCCUUGCUGUCAUGGCCUAUGACCGGUAUGUGGCCAUCUGUCACCCACUGCACUAUACCUCUGUGAUGAAGUGGGGAAGGUGUAUUCAGCUGGCAGGUGGGGCAUGGGCAGCAGGCUUCUUUAAUGCUGCUCUGCACACAGGUACCCUUUUUUCACUGCCCUUCUGCUCCAACAUCAUCACUCAGUUCUUUUGUGAAAUCCCACACCUGAUGGAGAUAUCCUGCUCUGAUCCAUACUUCAGUGAAAUGUGGGUCCUUCUCUUUAGUUCUGCCUUAGGUCUUGGCUGCUUUGUGCUUAUUGUCACAUCCUAUGUUCACAUUUUUACUGCAGUGCUGAGAAUGUCCUCCAAGGCAAGCAGGCAGAAAGCCUUCUCUACUUGCAUCCCCCACCUCACUGUUGUCUCUCUCUUACUUAGUACAGGUAUCUUCUCCUAUGUUAUGCCACCCUCCAGCCCUUCAAAUAAUCUAGAUGAAGUGCUUGCUGUGAUAUACUCAGUAGUUCCUCCAAUGAUGAACCCGUUAAUUUACAGCAUGAGGAAUAAGGAUGUCAAAACUGCCCUGUGGAAGCUGUUUUACCAGACGCUUCCAAACAAUAAAUCAGUUCCAUAGUUUAAAAACUACC